UGACCUGAAUUACCAGACUGGUCCAUUUAGAACAGAGUUUCUUCACUCUGAUGCUUCGUUUGUGGACCUUAAUUACACACUGACACUCAAACGCCCACAAUUCACUAAUUACAUCUGCUGCAGCACAACAAACAAGAGAUUCAAGUAGAUGGAAAACAGACACAUAGAUAGAUACUGCUGGAGGGUGUAUGAGUGAGCGAGAGAGAAAGAAUCAGGAGGGACAGACUUCACCAUCACCAUCAUCAUCAUCAUCAUCUCCUCCUCCUCCUCCUGCAGGGUUUCCUCGCGCGCGCGGACAGUGAUGCAGCUGCGCGUCUGUGUGUGUGUGUGAGUGUGUGUGAGUGUGAGAGUGUGUAUCUGAUCUGUGUGUGAGUGUGUGUGUGACUGCAGCGGUGGUGGUGCAGGGCUGCAUGUCCGGCUGCAUGUAUGACGCUGAGGAAGAUCCACCAUCAUCCGCCCGUUUGCCAGCGCAGGGAAUUGUGUGUGUGUUUUUUUCCCGGGAAUGUCGCGGGCGUCUGCUGAUGUGUGAUGACGGUAAGCGAUGAGCGCGCGGCUCGUGCGCGUGUUAUUGAGCUGUAGGGAAGGGCGCGCGCGUGUGUUCUUGUGUGAGGAGAAUCAAAGUGAACUGGCUGUUAGCUCUCGGGCUAGCUGGCUAACGCUGCUGUCCCGCAUCUGUGUUUCUCUAACAUCGUCCGUCAUGUGAACGGAUCCGAGAUGACGCUCACCCCUUAAAUCACUUUCUGCACAACUGAAGGUGACCGCUGUCCCCAGCCCAUCCGUUUGCCUGCUCUUCACCUUCAGCCUGGGCCUGGUCUGUGAGCAGUCAUGACCAAAUCAUACGAGUUCAACUGGCAGAAACACGUUCCUGAUUUCCUGCAGGAAGGAGCCGUGUUUGACCGAUUCGAUGAGGAUCCCUUCGUCUUUGAGCCCAGCUGCCAUUUCAAAGUGGACGAGUUUGGCUUCUUUCUCACAUGGAAGAGUGACGGAAAGGAAGGUCAACUUCUGGAAUGUUCUCUGAUCAACAGCAUCCGUCCAGGAGUCGUGCCGAAGGACCCGAAGAUCCUGGCGUCUCUGGAAGCGGCGGGGAAGAGCGAGGCGGAUCUGGACGGUCGCAUCAUCUGCAUCUGCAGCGGACCGGACCUGGUCAACCUCAGCUUCAUGUACAUGGUGACGGACAACACGGAAACGGCCAAGAAAUGGAUGGAAGGCCUAAGAUCUGUGAUUCACAAUUUCAAGGCGAAUAACGUGUGUCCAAUGACGUGCCUGAAGAAACACUGGAUGAGACUGUCCUUCCUAACGAAUGUCAACGGCAAAAUCCCGGUCCGAGGCAUAACACGGACGUUCGGCUCGGGUAAAACGGAGAAAGGAAUCUUCCAGGCGCUGAAGGAGCUCGGUCUCCCCAGUGGGAAGAAUGACGAAAUCGAGCAUUCGGCCUUCACGUUCGACAUCUUCUACGCUCUGACGCAGAAAAUCUGCCCUCGCACGGACAUCGAGGAGCUCUUCAAGAAGAUCAACGGCGACAAAAGUGAUUAUUUAACCGUAGAGCAGUUAGUCAGCUUUCUGAAUGAAAACCAGCGGGACCCUCGACUCAACGAGAUCCUCUUUCCCUUCUACGAUGCCAAACGAGUCAUGCAGAUCAUCGAGAAGUACGAGAGAGACGCCGACUUAAAAAAGAAAGGUCGCAUGUCCUGCGACGGCUUCUGCCGCUAUCUGAUGUCGGAUGAGAACGCGCCGGUGUUUCUGGACCGUCUGGAUCUGUGUCAGGAGAUGGAGCAUCCGCUGGCUCAUUACUUCAUCAGCUCGUCACAUAACACUUACCUGACGGGCCGGCAGUUCGGCGGGAAGUCUUCAGUGGAGAUGUACCGACAGGUGCUGCUGUCCGGAUGCAGGUGUGUGGAGCUGGACUGCUGGGAUGGUAAAGGUGAGGAUCAGGAGCCCAUCAUUACUCAUGGGAAGGCCAUGUGCACCGACAUCCUGUUCAAGGAUGUAAUUCAAGCCAUAAAGGAAACGGCGUUUGUAACGUCUGAAUAUCCCGUUAUUCUGUCGUUUGAGAACCACUGCAGUAAGCCGCAGCAGUAUAAGAUGGCCAAGUAUUGCGAGGAGAUCUUUGGAGACCUGUUGCUGAAGCAGCCGCUGGAGGGAUUCCCAGUACGUGACAUCCUAUUUCCCCGCACACAAAUCCAGACCAGACCUGCUUUAGUCUCCGUGGAAAAUAUUGAAUCCGGGCAGCCGCUGCCGUCGCCCAACGACCUCAAACGCAAAAUACUCAUCAAAAACAAGCGCUUAAAACCUGAAGUGGAGCAGAAGCAGCUGGAGUCCUUUAAGAAGCACAUGGAGGCUGGAGAGAUGAGCAUACAGGCUGGAGAAGAUGAGAAUGAUGAAGAUCUGGACAGUGCGCUGGACGGUAAAGAGCUGAACUCAGACAUGAAGACCAGCAACACUCUGUCUCUGUCGGAGGAUCCCAGCGAUCCGGACGCGCAGGACAGCAGCCUCAGGAAGAAGAUCCCAGAUGACGACGUCACCGAGAUCUCAGAAGCGACUGAAAUCACGGACGCCACCGACGUGUCUGAAGCGUCAGACCUCGAAAACAAGAAGAAGGGCGUGGAAACGGCUGAAGAUGCCGACGCCGAACAGCAGCUCAUCGCCUCGUAUAAGUAUGAAGGAGCCACGACCAACAUCCACCCGUACCUGUCGGCCAUGGUCAACUACGCUCAGCCCGUCAAGUUCCAGGGCUUCGAGGUCGCCGAGGAGAGGAACAUCCAUCACAACAUGUCGUCCUUCAACGAGUCUGUGGGUUUGGGCUAUCUGAAGACGAACGCCAUUGAGUUUGUGAACUACAACAAGCGGCAGAUGAGCCGCAUCUACCCCAAAGGAGGCCGCGUGGACUCCAGCAAUUACAUGCCUCAGAUCUUCUGGAACGCCGGCUGCCAGAUGGUGUCUCUGAACUUCCAGACUCCAGAUCUGGGCAUGCAGCUGAACCAGGGGAAGUUCGAGUACAACGGCGCAUGCGGGUACCUCCUGAAACCAGACUUCAUGCGCCGCGCAGACAGGAUGUUCGACCCGUUCUCUGAGACGCCAGUAGAUGGAGUGAUAGCAGCGACCUGCAGCGUACAGGUGUUCUCGGGUCAGUUCUUAUCGGAUAAGAAGAUCGGCACGUACGUGGAGGUGGACAUGUACGGCCUUCCCACCGACACCAUCCGGAAAGAGUUCCGCACGCGUAUGGUGAUGAACAACGGCCUGAACCCGUACUACAACGAGGAGCCGUUUGUCUUCAGGAAGGUGAUCCUGCCGGAUUUGGCGGUGUUGCGUAUCGCCGUGUACGACGACAACAAUAAGCUGAUCGGUCAGAGGAUCCUGCCGCUGGACGGGCUGCAGGCGGGUUACCGGCACAUAUCGCUGCGCAACGAGGGCAACAAGCCGCUGUCGCUGCCCACCGUCUUCUGCAACAUCGUCCUGAAGACAUACGUGCCCGACGGCUUCGGCGCCAUCGUUGAUGCUCUUUCCGAUCCAAAGAAGUUCCUCACCAUCGCAGAAAAACGCGCCGAUCAGAUGCGAGCACUCGGGAUCGAAACGAGCGACAUCGCAGACGUGCCCAACGAAAACUGCAAGAGUGAUAAGAAGGGAAAAGUGAGUCAAGUGAAGACCAACGUGACGCCACAGAGCAGCUCUGAGGUGAACGCCACACAAAACAACAUCAGCGAGAGCAAACGCGAUAAUUCUGCCAUCGUGAAUCAGGUGAACAUCGAAGAUUUGAAGCAGAUGAAGACCUUCAUUAAACUGAUGAAGAAGCAGCAGAAGGAACUGAACACGCUAAAGAAACGACACGCUAAGGAACACAACGCCAUGCAGAAAUCGCACUGCACGCAGGUGGACAAAAUGGUGGCUCAGCAUGACAAGGAGAAGUUCACGCUGGAGAAGCUGCUGGAGAAGGCCAUCAAGAAGAGAGGAGAAAACAACUGCUCCGACUUAAAGAAGGAAACGGCCAUAAAGGUCGAGACGCUCACCACAGACCAUAAAGAAAAGGUGAAGGACAUGGUGGCGCAGCACACUAAAGAAUGGUCAGAGAUGAUCAACUGUCACAGCACAGAGGAACAGGAAAUGAAGGACGCCCAUGUGACGCAGCAGUGUGAGCUCCUCAGAAAGCUGCUGGCCAGCGUUCAGGAGCAGCAGACGCUGCAGCUCAAGCUCAUCCACGAACGGCAAAGCAAAGAGAUGAAGGCCAACCAGGCGAAGACGUCGAUGGAGAACAGCAAAGCCAUCAGCCAGGACAAGAGCAUCAAAAACAAGGCGGAACGCGAGAGGAGAGUUCGGGAGCUGAACUGCAGCAACACCAAAAAGUUCCUGGAGGAGAGAAAGAGGCUGGCCAUGAAGCAGGCGAAAGAGCUGGAGCAGCUGCAGAAAUCUCAACGAGAGCAGCUGGAGAAACUCGAGAAGUUCAACGAGCAGCUUUUGAAAUCACAUCAUGCAAACAGUCAGACUCAAGGCCAAAGACAUGCAGAAGAUGGUGAAGCUGGAGGAGGACAUGGACCGCAGACCAGCCACGGUGGUGUAGGCGCUCCAUCCGUCAACUGAGACGAGAGCAAACCCUCACGAACCUCCACGCGAGCGGGCUGAAGGGUCCGUCUGUCCCGUCGGGCUCCGUCUUCAUCUGCGUUUCAUCCCGAGUCCCGCUCCCAAAUCCCUGCAGUCUGUAGAUCUGUAACCCCGCCCAUCCUCCCUACCUCAGCUCUAGCCCCGCCCACCGGCUUUAACUCCUCCUCCGCAGCGGCGGCGUCCAGCCAAUCCGGCACUUACUGUAGCUCCGCCCACGCUGCCAAGCUCCUGUGGAAGCGGUGAAGACGCCGCUGGUGGGACAGACUCAUCACACACGUUUUUAUACGCCAUCACCAUCAUCAUCUUCAUCAUCAGCAGCGCUGCAGCCAUUAUGGGUCGACAACUCAAGUGUUCUUUGUGAACUUUUCAACUCGUAUUUUAACUGAGCUAGUUAACCGUAGCAGAGUCAGGCGAACGGACGAAUCCGAUUAGUUUGUCACACUAUCUGUGAACGACGCGCUUUUCACCAGUCCUGAGCACUUUAUAUGUGAUAGGAUGUCAAAGGAUCUUUGACGAUGUAGCAGAGCACUAGCUUUCCUCUGUACAGUACGAAUGUAGACGCCGUCUGGAACCCAGAUCACACGAGCUUUUAUCAUCCGUUGCGGUUCGUUUUUAAGAUCAGACGCACGCGUCGUUUUACCCCAAUGUCCUUUUAUUUCAGAGGUUUUAGAUGCGGCCGGCGGUCAGUGAGCUUGCGGUGGAUCUGCAGCUCCGAAUCGCCGGUUCUGUUCUGCGAGGAGCCGUCGUGAGAAUCGGCAUCGACGCGAACCGUUUUCCUUUCUCUGACGAGACGCUGAACUUUGGUUCCACUCGUGUUUGCGUUCUUUUAUUUUCAGGUGUAAUCUAUUGGUACUUGUUUUAAAGAGAGGCGAUUGUGCACUGCAAGAAAAUCAUGUUCUCAGUACCAGUGACAAUAACUAAACAUCAAAACGUACAUCAAGAUGACAAUCAAAAUGACUCGAGAUAUACGAAUAACAGAAUAUUAACAAAUAUCUGCCGACGACGGUCAGAAAAGCGUCAAGGGUUCAUGGGCAGAUAUUUGAAAACAAGACUCCACAUCUUGUGUCAUUUUGCAUCUCCAGUAAAAGUAUCUUGAUUUAAGGAUGUUUAGAUGUUUGUACUGGAUAUUUGAACGAAAACGUACAUUUCUUUGCAGUGCGAAUCCCGGCUGGGGUGUGGAUUCUGAGACGAUAAGUGUAUUGGUUGUUGUGAGUUUCCAUCUGUCGUUUUUACUCCUUUCUUCUUUUUCUUUGCAUCAUGUUUUCAAGUGUUUGGCGGUGACCACAUAUCUCGUGUAAAAGCAAAGUGCUUUAAAACUCCAUCGCUUACAAAUGUGCCACUAUAUGUCAGGUAGAACGUUUAAAUUAUUUUACAUGAUAAAUGCCAAAAUAAGGGGUUAUUUAUAUAAAGAUACAUAUAUGAAUAUAUUAUAGUGAGUAGUUUAAGACUACGUUUGGUUUCUUAGAAGCUUUUUGCACUAGCUGAAUGUUUUCUGUUGUGCGACUUCCACGUAGACUUUUGCUCUAAUAUUAUAGUUUGCGGGAAAAGCAGAUUAUUUUUGCAGAACUGUCGCGCUCUGAAUUUCAUCCGUUUCUAUUCGUUCGUCUCCUGAGCUUUCUGUAGCUUCUCAAUGGACCAUGCUGUGAGUGCUUUUGUAUUUAUAAAUAUAUAUAUAUCGUAUUUGUCAAACUUCUAGCAAUGAAAAUACUCAAAAAAUACUGUUGUUAUCCUGCUACUUUAAUACUGUUUUAUAGUAUGUGUACCAAUAAACUAUCCCAGGUGUUAAAUGACAA